AUGAGCCCGACUGCACCAGACGCCGUGGCUUAUUCCAACACCGGCAUCCUCAAGACAGCGAAGCAGGAGGAGAGAGCCAGUAAGGUGGAGGAGACCCUGCCCGGGCUCCGACACUUGGAAGCUGCCCUGGCAGAGUGCUCCAAAGGGGAGGUGGAGGCGCCGUUCUUCGGUGGUGGCUCCAUCGGGUUCCUCGACAUCGCACUCGGGUGCUAUCUUCCUUGGUUUGAGGCAGUAGGCCGCCUGGCCGGCUUGGGGCCGCUCAUCGACCCGGCCAGGACGCCGAAACUAGCAGCAUGGGCGGAGCGGUUCAGGGUCGCCGAGCCGGUCAAGGCGCUGCUGCCUAGGGUGGACGAGCUGGAGGAGUACAUCGCUACGGUGCUUUAUCCAAAGUGGAACGUCACGGUCACGGGUAACUAA